AUGGCACCAAUAGCAACCAGUAAUUCGAACUCACACGCUCAGACCGAGGCAGUUCCCAUCAAGAAGGGCACUGGCGACUACAAAGAGCAAGCAGCAGGCGCACAGACUUACAACAGAAAAUUGGAAGAAGAAGGCGAUGAGCACCAUCCGCGUGCUCAUUACAAGAAUUACCUCCCUGUCUGGAACCCAGAUGAUAAGUAUCCACCCUUGGAGCGAUUCAACCACAUAGAGCAUGGACUGGACGCAGACAAGAACUUCCCAGAAUUACUAGGACCCUCUGCGAAAGUCGAAGAACUGACGCCUACCAUUGGCACAACAAUCUCCGGAAUCCAGUUGACCAGCCUCACGAACGCCGGCAAAGAUCAGUUGGCGUUGCUUGCCGCCCAACGAAAAGUCCUCGUCUUCCGCGAUCAAGAUUUCGCCGAUCUGCCCAUCAGCGACGCCCUCAAAUAUAGCGAGUACUUCGGACGCCUGCACAUCCACCCAACCUCCGGCGCCCCUGAAGGUCAUCCUGAGAUCCACCUGGUGCAUCGCGGAACAGACGAUAAGUCAGGCGAGACUCUCCUCGAGACUCGCACUUCGACAGUGGCAUGGCACAGCGACGUGACGUACGAGAAACAACCACCAGGUACCACCUUCCUGUACAUGCUCGACAAGCCGAGCAGCGGUGGUGACACCUUGUUCGUCAACCAAGCGGAAGCAUAUCAGAGACUCAGCCCCGCGUUCCGCGAGAGGCUGCAUGGGCUCAAAGCGGUGCAUUCGGGUAUCGAGCAAGCGGACUCUGCGCGUUCAAGGGAAUCUAUUGUAAGGAGGGAGCCGGUGACGCACGUCCAUCCGCUUGUAAGGACGCAUCCCGCGACGGGGGAGAAGGCGUUGUUCGUCAACCCGCAGUUCACCCGCGGUAUCGUCGGGUUAAAGAAGGAAGAGAGCGACGUGCUCCUCAAGUUCCUCUUCGAUCACAUCGCGUUCGGGGCGGAUUUCCAGGCGCGCGUGAAGUGGGCGGAGAAGACGGUUGUGGUUUGGGAUAAUCGUGUCACUGGUCAUUCAGCGACGCUGGAUUGGGUAUCGGGUGCACGUAGGCAUCUUGCUAGGAUCACACCACAAGCGGAGGAGCCAUACGAGACGUCCUUCCACACCCCGCACAACGAAGCGUCGAAUGGAAAUAGAGAUGUCCCACUUCGACCUAAGGAGUAUCAUGAGGAGCCAUACGCGGAUAAUUGA